ACAAACCCUUCAUGAUCGUCACGGAGUACAUGGAGAACGGGGCGCUGGACAAAUUCCUGCGGGUAGGCGCCGGGGGCUACGUGCACCGGGACCUGGCUGCCCGCAACAUCCUGGUCAACAGCAACCUGGUCUGCAAGGUCUCCGAUUUCGGGCUCUCCAGGGUGCUGGAGGACGACCCCGAAGCCACCUACACCACCAGCGGAGGGAAGAUCCCCAUCCGCUGGACAGCCCCCGAAGCCAUCUCCUUCCGCAAGUUCACCUCCGCCAGCGACGUCUGGAGCUACGGCAUCGUCAUGUGGGAGGUGAUGUCCUACGGCGAGCGCCCGUACUGGGAGCUCUCCAACCACGAGGUGAUGAAGGCCAUCAACGAGGGCUUGCGCAUGCCCGCGCCCCCCGACUGUCCCUCCGCCAUCUACCAGCUGAUGCUGCAGUGCUGGCAGCAGGAGCGCACCCGGCGCCCCAAGUUCGCCGACAUCGUCAGCAUCCUCGACAAGCUCGUCCGCGCGCCCGAGGCGCUCAAGGCGCUGGCCGACUUCGACCCCCGGGUGUCCCUGCGGCUGCCCGGCGGGGCUGUCCCCGGGGGGGUCCCCUUCGCGUCGGUGCCCGAGUGGCUGGAGUCCAUCCGCAUGCCCCAGUACACGCAGCACUUCCUGGCCGCCGGCUACGGCUCCAUCGACAAGGUCCUGCACAUGACACCCGA